AUGUCUGACCUCAUGCGCGAAGCGGUCUUUGGACAGCUGAUGAGGUGGAUCUCUGGUAACCGCCUAUUCCAAUACCCGGGAGACAAACCAGACUUCCAAUUUCCCCCACAAUAUCAACUCCUCCUCGAGAAAGGAAAGAUUGGCAACGCAACUGACAUCGAAUUCGAGAAAGAUACUGCUCUCUCACAAAUCCCAAGCAGGGCUGAGAGCCUCCCGUACAGCUAUGAACGCUUCGACAUCGAACAGCGACUUGAGAUAGAAAGAACAAAAUCUCUGUCCAUCGCUCUCCGGCAGACAAAUGACGGCAUCAUCCUUGUGGACUAG